AUGUCUAUCUAUCUAUCUAUCUCAGUCCUUUUCAUAUCUAUCUAUCUAUCUAUCUAUCUAUCUAUCUAUCUAUCUAUCUAUCUAUCUAUCUAUUUAUCUAUCUAUCUUCCUUUUCAUAUCUAUCUAUCUAUCUAUCUAUCUAUCUCAGUCCUUUUCAUAUCUAUCUAUCUAUCUCAGUCCUUUUCAUAUCUAUCUAUCUAUCUAUCUAUCUAUCUAUCUAUCUAUCUAUCUAUCUAUCUAUCUAUCUAUCUAUCUCACGAAGAACAGCGGAAGAAGCCUGCAGAAGUGAUGGCCCGGUUUGGGUUCAAGACGACCAGGGUCAUAGACAUUUGGGGGAAGUGGAAGGCGUGUGAGUACAAGGACAUGUUUACUGCCAAACGAAAAGCCCACAGCCUUCGUUCUUCGGCCGUUAGGACCGACGAGUUCAUCGCUGCCGUCAAGGAGACAGUCAACAAUGAUGGAAGCCAGGUCUACGCCAAGAUCGCCGUUGAUAUGGGCUGUCACAAGUCGACGAUAUGCCGAACGAUCAAGAAGGACAUUGGUCACUCAUCCGACCACAAGUCUCACAACAUGCUCAUCACGCAUGUCUCCAGGGAGUCGAAAAAGGUCAAGGCGGCAGCUUUGCUGAACGAGCUCAAGCACGGGGCCGUCUUCCAGAAGGACUCCGCUCCUGCAUACAAGACAAAGACGAUCCAGGCAUUGCUGCUCAACAAUGUUCCUCACCACUGGUCGGUGGAUUUAUGGCCGCCAUCCUCACCCGACUACAACCUCCAUCGACUAUUUCUUCUGGGGCGUGAUCGAAGCGAAGACAAACAGACACGCCCACAAGACGGUCGACUCUCUGAAGACUAUCUUCGCACAUUUCUCUCGUUCUAUAUGAUUUUCUUUCUCUAUAUCUCACAACAUGUGAAUCAUCCACAGCAUCCUUUUCUUUCUUUCUUUUUAUUCUAG